AUGAUCAUCGCGUGGUCCCUGUCUCCCUUCAUUUUUAGAAUAGGGACGGUCAUAAGUCCCAACUUGCAGCUGAAGGUGAACAAUGCAAACCUUGGCUCUGUGCCACUCCCUCCGAAGGAGCUGGAUCCCAAGGUCCCGCUCCUGGCAGCGGAGGACCCGAGACUGACUAGGCGGAAACCCCUGCGGGUGCAACCAGAGUGUGAACUUAGCGACACAGACGGCAUCCCCGCUACCAAGUGCAGCCCUGGGGCCUUGGAUCCGGAGGGGUGGGGGAGUGGUGACGGGACUUCGCACACGCCCACCGGCUCAGCCCAGAUCCGCCAGAUCCUCCAGGGUCGGCUCAUGCCAGGACACGGAGAAGGACAUACCGACAGCGGAGUGCCCCGGAACCCGACCCCCGGACGCGGCCUCUGCGUCCCCGAGGACGCACUAUUUGGGGACCGAAGGACCGGCCUUCUCCCCGGGCUGCCAACACUCAGUCUUUUGCCCCAGCGCAUUCCCCCCGCGUGCUCUCGGUGCGAGGAGCGUCUGCGAAGUGACCAAAGGGCGGUGCAGGGACGCACGGACCGCCUGCUGGCCAGCAGGCCUUCUGAACCAAAGGCUCUUUGUUGUCCGAGCACAGUGGUGGCGCUACCUCUACCUCCAAAUGCUCUAAACGUGGCGACUUUGCUGGGUUCCAACACCUACAACAGGUAGAACUGUGAGGAUGCGGACUUCCCUGUUCUGUGCCAGGCAUGUCUUGAAGAAAACACCUAUAUCCGAAUGACCAAAGAAAAGUAUGGGAAGGAGUAUAAAAUCUGUGCCAGGCCAUUCACAGGGUUUCACUGGAACCCCAAGGUCCACAUGUGUUUCAAGAAGACUGAAGUGUGCCAAACCUGCAGUAAAUUGAAGAAUGUCUGUCAGACGUGCCUCUUGGAUCUAGAGUAUGCCCUGCCCAUCCAUGUUUGGCACGCAGGAUUGUCUUUUGAGGAUGACACGCCAAAGUCAGAUGUUAACAAAGAGUGCUACACACAGAAUAUGGAGAGGGAGAUUUCUAACUCUGAUGGAACACGACCAGUUGGCAUGCUGGGGAGCACAUCCACCAGUGACAUGCUGCUCAAACUGGGCCGGACCACACCCUACUACAAUAGGAAUCCACCUCACAUUUGCUCCUACUGGGUGAGAAAAGAAUGUAAGAGAGGAGAGAAGUGUCCAUAUAGACAUGAGAAGCCUACAGAUCCAGAUAACCCCUUUGCUGAUCAGAACAUUAAGGGCCAAUAUUAUGGAAUCAAUGAUCCUAUGGCAGAUAAGCUUCUAAAGCGGGCUUCAACAAUGCUUCAUCUGGACCCACCAGAGGACAAGACUAGCACCACACUAUAUGUUGGUGGUCAGGGUGAUACCAUUACUGAGACAGAUCUAAGAAAUCAUUUAUACAAGUUUGGAGAAAUCCAGAUUAUCUGAUCACCACUGUGCAGACAGCAGAGUGCUUUCAUCCAGUUUGCCACAAGGCAGGCUGCAGAAAUGGCUACGGAGAAAUGUUUAAAUAAGUUGAUUGUCAAUGGCUGCAGACUCAAUGAGAAAUGGGGAAGGUCUCAAGCAGCCAGAGGAAAAGAGAAAGAGAAGGAUGGAACCACAGACUCUGGGAUCAAGCUCGAGCCUGUUCCAGGACUGCCAGGAGCUCUUUGGGCUCCUCCUAUAGCAGCAGAAGCUUUUGCCAGCGACUUCAAUCUACCCCCCAGUGGUCCUCCAGCUGUGGUGACCAUUGCCCGACUGCUAUCUCCUGCUAUUGCCCCCUCCCCAGGUUUUGGGCCACACAUGUUCCACCCAAUGGUACUACCUCCUCCUUUCAUGAGGGCUCCAAGACCAAUUCAUGAUCCUUCUCAGGACCCUCAGAGGAUGGGAGCUCAUGCCAGAAAACACAGCAGCUCCUAGCA